GAACUGGCUUGUCCAUUGAGCAAUAGCUAGCCACCUCUCUCUCUCUCUCUCUCCACUUGCGUUGCAGAUUUUGUGCAGAAAGUCAAUCAGGCACCCAACAAAAUCCGCGGGAAGGACAUGGCUUUUUGCUUCAGAUUCUUCACCACUUUUACCACCGUACUCUGUUUCUUGCUUUCUUCAUUCAGCUUUACUUCAACAGAUGCGUAUGAUCCCCUUGACCCGAACGGAAACAUAACGAUUAAGUGGGAUGUCAUGACCUGGACCGCUGAUGGCUAUGUCGCUACUGUCACAAUCUACAACUUCCAGCAAUAUCGCCACAUACAGGCUCCGGGAUGGCAACUGGGUUGGACCUGGGCCAAAAAAGAAGUCAUAUGGAACAUGGUGGGAGGCCAGGCCACACAGCAGGGUGACUGCUCCAAAUACAAAGGGAAUAUUCCCCACUCCUGUAUGAAGAGUCCGACAAUCGUCGACCUGCUGCCCGGAACCCCCCCUGACAACCAGGUGGCCAACUGCUGCAGGGGAGGUGUAAUUAGCGCGUGGGCGCAAGAUCCGGAAGAUUCCAUCAGUUCGUUCCAGAUCGUUGUUGGGGCGGAAGGAACCACCAACACAACAGUCAAGCUCCCCAAGAACUAUACGCUGCGAUCGCCGGGGCCUGGUUACACAUGCGGUGCAGCAAGCAUUGUGAGACCCACCACAUUUAGAAGCGCAGACAAAAGGAGAGUAACACAAGCUAUGAUGACCUGGAAUGUUACGUGCACGUAUUCACAAUUCCUUGCUGGGAAAAAUCCUACUUGUUGUGUUUCACUCUCCUCCUUCUACAACGACACGAUAGUUCCCUGCCCUACGUGCACCUGUGGUUGCCAAAGCAACGUUACUCACCCAGGGAGCUGCGUAAAUCCAAGCUCGCCGUAUUUAGAAUCAGUUGUUGCAGGAUCUACCAGUAACAACCCAUACUCGCCGCUUGUCCAAUGUACAAACCACAUGUGCCCCAUCCGAGUUCACUGGCAUGUUAAGCUCAACUACGUGUCCUACUGGCGUAUAAAGGUCACGGUCAUAAACUUCAACUACAAGAUGAACUAUUCGCAGUGGAACUUAGUCGCCCAACACCCCAACUUCGACAAUGUUACUCAAGUGUUCAGCUUUAACUACAAAUCGUUAACUCCUUACGGUGAUGCUACAAACGAUACUGCCUUGCUAUGGGGGCAGAAAUUCUAUAAUGACAUUCUCAUGGAAGCUGGCCCUCUUGGUAACGUACAGUCGGAGAUACUCUUUCAAAAGGAUGCAUCGACUUUCACUUUCGAAAAGGGAUGGGCUUUUCCUCAAAGGAUCUAUUUCAAUGGUGAUAGCUGCGUGAUGCCACCUCCCGAUGCCUACCCAUUCUUGCCAAACAGCAGUUCUCGCCCAGAUAUAUCUUUCCUUACUCUGAUAUUGACCCUGUUGUUGUCUUUGGUGUUCUGCUAUGCACAUGUUUGAGAAUCUUCUCGCCGGUAUGACUACAAGUCCAGUUGUUUCCGGAAUUUAUACCGAACACACUCUAUCGCGGAUCCAUUGAUGAGCUGAUCGAAGAUUUCUUGUUUUGGCCAUGAGACCAGCAAGCAGUGCAGGUUUAGGUGCGCGCCCGUUGGAACAAACUUCAGUUUUUCGUUUGGUGAUGGAUUCACUAUCAUUUUUCACCCCUUGUAUUAUUGUCGUAUUUCUUGUUUACUACUGUGAAUAACCACGCAUAGUGUUGUGACCAUUGUACUGUGGAUAAGCACCGUCGAAAGAGAGAUUAUACGAAACAUGUGCUACUUUCAUGGAGUUUGUUCUCA